UUAUGAUCUGCACAUGAGGAUAUCCAUCAUCUGGGUCUGGACAACUCAGUCUGAGCCCAUGACCACUAAAAGUGACUUCAUGCACGUAUGUCUGUGGCUCUUCUUCUCUAGGUGUAUGGAGAAGCCACAUGGAACCAGGAAACCUCACGUGGGUAUCAGAAUUCAUCUUCCUGGGGCUCUCACAGACUCCGGAGCUCCAGCUCCUCCUGUUCCUGGCGUUUCUGUCUGUCUACACCACCACUGUCUUGGGAAACCUCCUCAUCAUGCUCACAGUGACCACAGACUCUUGGCUCCACACGCCCAUGUACUUUCUGCUGAGAAACCUGGCUCUCUUGGACCUCUGCUUCUCCUCAGUCACUGCCCCGAAGUUGCUGGCGGACCUCCUCUCUGAGGAGAAGACCGUCUCUUACCUAGGUUGCAUGGCCCAGAUCUUCUUCUUCCACUUUCUGGGAGGUGCCAUGGUCUUCUUCCUGUCAGUGAUGGCCUAUGACCACCUUGUGGCCAUCUCCAGGCCCCUCCGCUAUGUCACCAUCAUGACCACUCGGCUCUGUGUGGGGCUGGUGCUGAUGGCCUGGGUGGUAGGUUUCGUCCAUUCCAUCAGCCAACUGGCUCUGAUGCUCCCACUGCCUUUCUGCGGCCCCAACAUCCUGGAUAACUUCUACUGUGAUGUCCCCCAGGUGCUGAGACUUGCCUGCACUGACACUUACAUCUUAGAGUUCCUCAUGAUCUCCAACAGCGGGAUGCUGGAUGUCAUCUGGUUCUGUCUCCUCCUCACCUCCUACUCGGUCAUCCUGGUGAUGCUGAGGUCCCACUCGGGGCAGGCGAGGAGGAAGGCAGCUUCCACCUGCACCACCCACAUCGUUGUGAUGUCGAUGGUCUUCAUUCCCAGCAUUUACCUCUAUGCCCGGCCCUUUGACCCCUCCUCCAUGGACAAGGCUGUGUCCAUCAGCCACACAGUCAUGACUCCCAUGCUCAACCCCAUGAUCUACACCCUGAGGAACCAGGAGAUGCAGGCCGCAGUGAAGAGGCUUAGGAGGCGCUGGCUGGUUUGUACAAGGAGUGAUAAUGGGUAGAUCACUUCUCUUUGGCUUUGUUUUCCAUUUGCAUAGGAUGAGUUUCAGAGGUCAGACUUGGUAGAGUGGAUUAAGAACUUGACUUGGAACAAAGAGACCUGGAUUCAGGUUCAAGUUCCUACACUAACUAGCUGUUACAAGUCUUCUAACACUGGAGGGUAUAGGAAGAUCCUUUUGCAAUUGUUUGAGGAUUUAGCUAGGGCUUUUUCCUCCCUGAGACCUGCAGGAGAGUGCUUGCUUCCUGUUUCUCUUCUGCUUGGCACCUGUUUUGAUUACCGCCAGAGCCCUGCUGCCCAGCACGGGCCAGGAACGUGGAGGCUCUCCAUAAAUAUCUGUUGGAUGAAUAAACAAAUAAAUAAUGCUGUAAAUGCACAUUAGUACUUGAAGACAGACACCUCUGACCUUCUGGUUCUGGAGUGUCCCCACCAACCCAAUAAGCCUUCAGUAACUGGACAGAGUUAGGGAGGAACACUGAAGGAACACCUGACUCCCUCCCUUCUGAAAUAAUCCUGUGCCUAAUCUGGAUCUGAGUCCGUGAGGCCCGAUUUCAUUCAGAACCAUCAUCACCAUCCAGACGAACAUAAAGAAGGCUAAGUCCUGUCCUAGCCAGACCCCCGCAUGGGGGGCACACCCAGGACAACCUGCUCUGGGGGCAAAAGGCAGUACCAAGUAGUGGGAUAUUAUGGCUGGUAUGCCUUCUGGGGCAGUGAGAAGAGCAGAGAGGGG